AUGGCUGCCAAUACUGAGACGGCCAUUGAGCCGCACAAGACCUUCGACACCAUCCUGGUCUUGGACUUUGGAUCCCAGUACUCUCAUCUGAUCACCAGACGUCUCCGUGAACUCAAUAUCUACUCUGAAAUGCUUCCGUGUACCCAGAAGAUCGCAGAGCUGCCAUGGAAGCCCAAGGGUGUGAUCCUGUCGGGCAGUCCAUUCUCUGUCUACGAAGAAAUUGCACCCCACGUCGACCCCGCCGUCUUCGAGCUCGACGUGCCCAUUCUGGGUAUCUGCUACGGUCUUCAGGAACUGGCCUGGUACCACGGGAAGAAUGUUCUCGCCAGCGAGAAGAAAGAAUACGGUCACGCAUUUCUCGACAUCCAUAGACACGCUGGUGGGGAGAGUCACAUCGACCGCCUAUUCCAAGGGAUCGCCGACCGCAUCCAGGUGUGGAUGUCCCACGGAGAUAAACUGGCAAAACUGCCUGAAGGCUUUGAGGUGAUUGCUACUACGGGUAGUGCGCCAUUUGCUGGGAUUGCGUACACCAAGAAGCCGUACUUUGGUAUCCAGUUCCACCCUGAGGUUACUCACACCCCGCAAGGGACCCAGAUCCUUGCGAACUUCGCAGUGGGUAUCUGCCACGCCAAGCAGGAGUGGAGCAUGGAGAAGUUUGUUGAUAAGGAGAUCGAGAGAAUCAGGGCGCUCGUUGGCGAGAAGGGCCAGGUCAUUGGUGCGGUUAGCGGUGGUGUUGACUCUACCGUUGCUGCUAAGCUGAUGCAUGAAGCCAUUGGGAACCGUUUCCAUGCCGUCCUCGUGGAUAACGGAGUCAUGCGCUUGAAUGAAGCCCAGCAAGUUCAGGAGACUCUCCAGAAAGGUCUGGGAAUCAACCUCACUGUUGUCGACGCCUCCGAGAAGUUCCUCGGACGCCUGAAGGGAGUUACCGAGCCAGAGAAGAAGAGAAAGAUCAUCGGAAAUACCUUCAUCGAGGUCUUCCAGGAUACCGCCAAAGAGAUCACAGCUGCCGCUUCCGGAUCCGCCGAGGCGGGCCCCAUCGAGUGGCUUCUCCAGGGUACCUUGUAUCCCGAUGUCAUCGAGAGCAUCUCGUUCAAGGGCCCCAGCGCUACCAUCAAGACACACCACAACGUGGGCGGCUUACUCGAGGGCAUGCACCUCAAGCUGAUUGAGCCUCUGCGCGAACUGUUCAAGGACGAGGUUCGUGCUCUGGGAACCAACCUCGGCAUCCCCGAAGAAUUGGUCUGGAGACAUCCUUUCCCUGGUCCCGGUCUCGCCAUCCGCGUCCUUGGUGAAGUUAACGCCGAGCAGCUCCGCAUUGCGCGCGAAGCGGAUGUCAUCUUCAUCGAAGAAAUCCGGGCUGCCGGUCUAUACCGCAAGAUCAGCCAGGCCUUUGCUGCCCUCUUGCCCGUUAAGGCCGUCGGAGUCAUGGGCGACAAGCGCAUGCACGAGCAGGUGAUCGCCCUCCGUGCGGUGGAGACAACUGACUUCAUGACUGCCGACUGGUAUCCGUUCGAUGGGGAGUUUCUGAAGCGCGUCAGUCGCAGGAUCGUCAACGAGGUCAACGGAGUCUGCCGCGUGCUCUAUGAUAUCACCAGCAAGCCUCCUGGCACGAUUGAGAUGGAGUAA